GUUCAUGGAAUUCUGAGCUAGAGUUGUGGGAGUGCAAUAACCUCUGCUCAAAUUUUGCCGAACGCGGCCCCUUUCCAAAAAAGCGAGGUGAUUCGCUGAUAAUACGACACGCACCGCCCAUUUCAGCUAGCGCUGUCAGCAACAGUAGUCCGUCUAAGGGCCAUACUUUCUCACGAAAGUUUAGAAGGGACAAAGCUUCUCUCUAUCGCAAAUUCUGAAGCGAAAGCAUGUCUUCCAAACCAUCCGAGAAACCAGGCUUUGCAGCUCCCAACUUCAGCUGGGCGGACUACAUCAAACACCGACCGAUUUACCCUUCUUCAUACUACGACCGCAUCUACAGAUACCAUUCUGAGCAUUCAAAUACUUGGGAUGUUGCGCAUGAUGUUGGGACUGGGCCUGGCAUCAUUGCCCAAGAGCUCGCGAACAAAUUCACCCACGUGGUCGUCUCGGAUCCGAAUGAUACCUAUGUGGAUAUUGCAUGCGAUCGAUUAACAAACGAGUUCGGAUUUCCCAAGUCAAAGUUUACGUUCCUGCAAGAAAGUGCCGAGAAGAGUUCGGUAGAAGAUGGGACAGUCGAUCUGCUCAUCAUAGCUCAAGCAAUGCAUUGGGCAGACGUCGAAAAAGCGAUGAAAUCAUUCGCAAGACAAGUGAAAAGUGGCGGGACUCUUGCUAUCAGUUUCUAUGGCCGUGCGCAGUUGUCCAAUAACCCGAAAGCUCAGGCAGCUUUGGAUAAGGUCUAUGAUGUUUGGACAGACAAACUGAUUGAGGGGGGUGGAUUUGCUGCUCGUGCUAUGCGCGCUACUGAUUCGGCAUUCGACAUCGUUCCAUUUUCGACAGAAGAUUGGGAACCUGGAGUGAAGAGAACUCUGAUAAACACAGGGGGAAAGAAAGAACCGAUGGCUAUGAGUGUCAAGAACAAGGCAUCGUACGAAAGCAAAGUGGGGAAAGAUGAUGUGUUUGAAGCUGAGAAAGAUGACAACUGGACUGAAGUGAGAGAUUUGAAAUGGUUGAAAGAGUUUUUCGUCACCCUGUUGUACAACAUACCAGAAGAACAAGUGAAACGAUUCUGGGAUGAGGUUGAAGAAGCAAUUGGAGGCCUUGAUAUACCAGUGGAUAUCUUCUAUCCUGCCGUUCAACUACUUGCAACAAGAAAAUGAAGACC